AUGGCUCACAGCUUGGCAAAACAACUGCAUGUCUUUGGCUGUCUUGCAUGGGUUCACCUCCCAAGGAAAGAUCAUGCAGGUAAGCAUGGUGUGAGAGCCAUACCAGGAAUCAUGAUCGGUUACAAUGAUGAGCACAAGGGAUGGAAAUUCUUCACUCCAGACCACACACCAUCCAUCCAGUGGAGCAAUUCAGCUACAUUCCAUGAACACAAAGGUUGGCAUGAUCGACCCAAAGUACAAAGCCCACUGCAGAUUGGAUUUGAGAGCCUUGAAGCAGAAAGUGCCAAACCAGAGGCAAACAACCUCGAACCUGAACCAGAAAUCGAAGAGCUUGACAUGCAAGACUCACUCCAACAUGCACCCAUUGGACAACCAAUCGAUGAUACUGAAGACAACUGA